AAUGGGUCCCCAAUAAUCGUAGAAUGUAUUAUAGGGCUGUCGCUGAAGACGUAAGCCUUAGCGUUUAUUAACGUUUUAUAUGGCAGUGCUUCAGUAGACUUCUGGAAGACAACCAAGCAAGUCUAGAUUUGUUUAUGGACCUGUGGAGAGUCUCUGGAUAUAAAACAAAGGGGAUCUAGAGUGAACGAAGCUCAGUGGUACAGUGCUGGCCGCAGAUCUUGGGUUCAACCCCUGUCCCCAGGAAAAAGUGGGAGAAGGUUAUUUACUGAUGGAGAAAGUUGGAAAGAAGGUCUAUCUCUGAGAAACUCAACUUUGGGUUCUGCCUUUCAUAUACCGGGCCAUAGGUUCGAAGCAUCUUCCUGACAGUAAUAUACGUUUUUUACACUUUGACUCCCACCCAGACCUCCUUAUUCCUGUGAAUAUGCCGGCAGACACUGUGUUUGAUAAAGAAGCACUCUUUGGAGAACUAAGUAUUGAAAAUUGGAUUAUGCCUGCAGUUUACGCUGGCCAUUUCUCUCACGUAAUAUGGCUUCAUCCCACAUGGGCCCAGCAAAUCAGAGAGGGCAAACACCACUUCUUAGUAGGCAAAGACAUUUCCACCACAACCAUCAGGGUUACAAGUACAGAUUAUUACUUCCUAAGUGACGGUCUGUUUGUACCUGAAGAUCAGCUAGAGAACCAAAAGCCCUUACAGUUAGAUGUGAUUAUGGUAGAACCUUACAAACUCUGUAGCAAUCAAGAUGACGGUGACUCUGUGUCUUCUACAAAGAAGCCCAGGCUGGCACUGGGAGGUGGAGAGAGCACUGUCGCUGCUGAUGGAGACUCUUGCUCAGAAGGACAUCGAGGGGAUGCAGUGACACCAAGAAGUGACUCAUGCUCUGGAAGUCAGCAGAGCCAGGGCACAGCCAGCACAGGGGAGAUUCUGGGCAUGUUGAAGACUGGAGAUGCGUUUGUUCUGGAUAUUGACUUGGAUUUUUUUUCUGUCAAAAACCCCUUCAAAGAAAUGUUCACUCAGGAUGAGUACAAAAUUCUACAGGAGCUUUACCAAUUUAAAAAGCCUGACAGUAACCUUACUGAGGAAGAUUUGGUAGAUGUUGUUGAUGCUCGAACUCAUCAGUUAGAAGAUUUAGAAGCAAUUUUUGCUGAUUUGUGUGACGGUGAUAGUGAAGAAACUGUACGGAAAUGGGCUUCGAACCCUGGAAUGGAAUCACUCGUCCCACUUGUACAGAGCCUGACAAGUCGGAUGGAAGUACCAGACUAUGAAAUGGUUCACCAGGCUGGGCUAACCUGCGAUUAUUCAGAACUUCCGCAUCAUAUCAGCACAGAAGAAGAAAUCGAGUAUCUUAUUCAGUCUGUGUAUUCUUUAUUGAAAAGUCUACCAAAGCCUACUCUUGUGACAAUUGCAAGGUCGAGUCUGGAUGACUACUGUCCUCCAGAGCAAGUCGACAUCAUUCAGGGAAAGGUCCUCGAUGUGCUGGGCUCGCUCUACGGGACCCUGGAAACUCACCUGGUGUACUCAGAAGAGUCCCCUCCAUGUUGACAGAGUGCUGGGCUGCUGUGCGUUCUGGCACAGUGACAGGACUAUUGUUUGUGAGCUUUCAGAGUGCACUUUUUAGUGAACUUUCAGUCGGAAUCAGUCAGACAUUUUGAAUCUCCAAGCACAUAUCAGUGAACAACAGUACAGCAUCGGGGUAUCGGCAGGGGUUCUUGUUUGCACCAAAUCUGUUACCCCGGUUGAUGGAGACGGUCGGCUGUCUUCCUUGCUGCCCAUCGCUGCCCUGAUUCUGUAAGGUUUUUUUCUCUUUCCCCAACAGGACUUUGGGUCAUAUAAUUUAUUUAUUUAUUCAUCAGCUGCUGUUUAUCUAGCACUUUUGUGUGCCAGACACUAUUAGCGACAAGAUGCCCUGCCCUCCUAUGGAAGACACGAGAAGCAAACAAUGGCCUGCAAACAGUCUCAGGGAAAGAAGGGAGGGCCACAGCUGUGUCUGGCACAGCGUCAGUUCUCAGGGCAGCCAGCCUGACAGGAAAGUAACACUCGCAAAAGUCAUGUAAAAGGUCUUGCCAGUCCGUGACAAUGUUUGCAGCAAGUCUGUCAGUCUAAAGAUGUUGGGAUUGUGCCCACCCUUUUGCUAAAUGUUCUCCAGACUUGUUUUGGUUGAGUAAACCUAAUCAAACAAAAUUAUAGGUGGUGGUGGUGGUGGUGGUGGUGGUGGUGGUGGUGGUGGUGGUGGUGUUAUUGGUGGUGUUAUUGAUUGGUUGGUUUUAAUUUUCUGAGACAGGGUUUCUCUGUGUAGCCCUGACUGUCCUGGAACUCAAUCUGUAGAGUAAACUGAUCUUGAACUCAAAAAACCCAACUGCCUCUGCCUCCGAAGGACUGCACCACCACUACCCAGCUGCUUACAGUGUUUGAUAACUGGAAACGCCUUUUGGGAGUUUUUUCCUUGGUAGUCAUCUUGGGCCUCAGUUGGCAUUAAGCACUAAGUAUCAUUUUUAUGGCAAUCAGUCAAGCAUCUAGAAAGUUAAGAGCACUUGCUGUCCUUCCCAGUACCCACACGGCAGCUCACAACAUUGUAACUCCAACGUUCUCUUGUGACCUCCCAGCACCACACACACAUACGUGUACAUACCCACAUACAUACCCACACAUAAACAUAUAAAUAAUAUUUUUUAAAGAACCAAGGACAAUAAAUUUUCCUGAUGAGCCAACAUUUUAAGGAAAAAAAUAAGAAAAUUGCAUCUUUGUGACCUGACAUAAAUACCCAAGGAUAACUGCCAUCCAGCCUUCUCACGGUGUGACUGAGCACAGUGGGUCCUCCCUUAGCUGAAUUCUAAGAGUGAAGAAUAGUUUAUUGUUUGAAGCAGUGAGGAGAGCACUAGGGAUAUAUUUCAUAAUACAUGAAGAAAGGAGGGAAGACUAAUGCAAGUUUGUACUGUAAAGAAGAGUAUUUUCUGCUACAUGCAUUGGAGAUCACCCUUCAUAUAUUUAAUGAGCGGAGUUUAACCUUAGUGACCCACAAGAGUGACUGUAGACACCACUGUUUAACCCCGAGUUCCCACCCCUCCAGCCAUGAAUAGGACUGUCUUUAUCAUGGAAGUUAAUGCCUCAGUUUGCCUUUUUUCUGCACUUUGUUUCACUUUUGUUCAGUAAUUACUUUUUAAGUGCUUAAUUUCUUUAAAGGGUCAGAUGAUGUGCAAAGAAAAAUAAUAAAACAUCUACCACCCA